CCAAAGCCUCAGAAAUUGAUCAUGUGCAGAAAUGCAAAUGGACGAUUGGAUGCACCAGAACCAACCAACCCAAUUUACGGAUAUCUCAAAAGAGGUUUGUCCUUUUUGUGAAUUCCACUGUUAAUUUCCCUCCUCACAUGCCAACCGGUAUUUGAUUGACACUCCCUCUACGUCUCCACCUUUGGAGGUGUCUUGUCGCUCGAGAGUCGAGAAUUGGAGGGAGAGAAGUUGAAGAAGCAGCAUAUAGCAGCUCUUUUUCUACGAUGGAGAGCUUCGCGCUUUACUCUCCUUCCGUCACCAGCUUCGCCUGUUACUCUCGUAUUUCUUUAUCCCGCCGAUCACUGUCACAAUUUGGCGAGCCUCCUUCGUCCAUUUCUCCGGUACCCACAUUCCGACCAAUCGACGAUUUCAGAUAUUCUUCAACUCCUUUUUUCUGUUCUCACUUUCGACUCUCUCUCAUCAAGCCAAAACCCUUCGCCAAACCUUCCACUACUCAUAAAACGAUUCGAGCUUCUUCGACCUCAGACGAGAAGUUACAGACCAAUGGUUCUGGUUCUGGUUCCCAAGGAGCAAAGCUCGUCCCCUUCCUCAUCUCAGUCUCCAUUGGAGUGAUCGUUCGGUUCAUCGUUCCAAAACCAGUUGAGGUCUCUCUGCAAGCAUGGCAAUUGCUUGCCAUCUUCUUGUCAACCAUCGCCGGAUUGGUUUUGAAUCCUCUUCCCGUCGGUGCUUGGGCGUUUCUGGGACUAACAACCUCAAUUGUCACAAAAACGUUAACUUUCUCUACUGCUUUUGAAGCAUUCACCAACGAGGUGAUUUGGUUGAUCGUUAUCUCGUUUUUCUUUGCUCGGGGGUUCGUAAAGACGGGCCUCGGUGAUCGGAUUGCGACUUACUUCGUCAAGUGGCUUGGGAAGAGUACGUUGGGAUUGUCUUACGGGUUGACGCUUAGUGAAGCGCUUAUUGCUCCUGCGAUGCCCAGUACGACUGCUAGAGCAGGGGGUGUGUUCUUGCCGAUUAUUAAGUCCCUGUCGCUUUCCGCCGGUAGUAAGCCGGGCGAUCCCUCCUCCAAAAAGCUCGGGUCCUAUCUGAUUCAGUCGCAAUUUCAGUCCGCUGGUAACUCAAGUGCUCUUUUCCUAACUGCUGCAGCUCAAAACCUACUUUGCCUCAAAUUGGCUGAGGAACUUGGGGUGAAAAUUGCAAGUCCAUGGAUUUCCUGGUUCAAGGCUGCUAUUUUGCCGGCAUUUGUUUCUCUUCUGGUUACUCCAUUUAUCCUAUAUUUGAUCUAUCCCCCUGAAAUCAAAGAUACACCAGAUGCUCCUGCUAUGGCUUCAAAGAAACUGGAGCAGAUGGGUCCAAUCACAAGGAAUGAACUGGUGAUGAUUUGUGCAAUGCUUCUUGCAGUUUCUUUGUGGGUCUUUGGUGAUGCUCUUGGUAUAGCAAGUAUUGUUGCUGCAAUGCUUGGCUUAUCCAUACUCCUGCUUCUUGGAGUGCUGGAUUGGGAUGAUUGCUUAAGUGAAAAGUCAGCCUGGGAUACCUUGGCUUGGUUUGCGGUUCUGGUGGGCAUGGCAGGUCAACUAACAAACCUUGGUAUAGUAGCAUGGAUGUCUGACUGUGUGGCCAAGUCCCUCCAAUCUUUGUCAUUGAGCUGGCCAGCUGCAUUUGUUGUUCUCCAAGCAUCUUACUUCUUCAUCCACUAUUUAUUUGCAAGUCAGACUGGUCAUGUAGGAGCUUUGUUCUCUGCAUUUCUUGCCAUGCACUUGGCAUCCGGAGUACCUGGUGUUUUGGCUGCACUGGCUUUGGCAUACAACACUAAUCUCUUUGGUGCAUUAACACAUUAUAGCAGUGGUCAAGCUGCUGUAUAUUUUGGAGCGGGUUAUGUAGACCUUCCUGAUGUUUAUAGACUGGGAUUUGUAAUGGCCCUAAUAAAUGCUGUCAUCUGGGGAGUUGUUGGAGGUUUAUGGUGGAAAUUUUUAGGCCUCUAUUGAAUUCCUGCUAUCUGUAAGUUGUCUUUUCUUCUGAUUUUUGUAUACUGUUUUUAUGUUAGAUGUAGUCUGAAUGGUGAUUUCAUUGGAAGAAGAUGCCACAAGUUUUGUUUGGCUUUAAGACUUGAGUUCCCA